AUGGAUGGCGAUGACGAUGUAGACGACGGGCUGGGCGCGUCUAUUGCGAGCUCGUCGACGUCUCUGGCCUCAAGCAUCAUGAGAUAUCGCGAAGAGAAUGGGAGAACCUACCACGCCUUCCGAGCCGGCAGGUAUGUCCUGCCAAACGACGAGGUCGAGAAUGAGCGUCUAGACCUACAACACCACCUCUGCACCUUGACAUUGGGGGGCAAGCUGUUCGCAUGCCCCGCGGGAAAGGAAAAGCCGCUCCAGCGCGUACUCGACGCCGGGACUGGUACGGGUAUUUGGGCGAUGGAUUUUGCCGACGAGCACCCCGGGUCUGAUGUGACUGGCGUCGAUCUCAGCCCGAUCCAGCCUUCGUUUGUCCCGCCAAACGUAUCCUUUUACAUUGACGACCUCGAGGACGACUGGACUUUUUCCUACAAGUUCGACUUUAUCUACGCGCGCAUGUUGACGGCCUCGAUCUCAGACUGGCCCAAGUUUCUGCAACAAGGCUACGAAAACCUCAACCCGGGUGGCUGGAUCGAGUUGCUCGACGUCCACCUACAGCUCAAAAGCGAUGACGGGACAAUACCCAAGGACUGCGCCGUCGCAAAGUGGGGGGACUACAUGCUCGAGGCGGCGGCCAAGCUGAACCGACCGCUCGACAGCAUGACGUUUUACAAGCAGCAGCUCCUAGACGUGGGCUUCACAAACGUGACGCAGAGCCUGUACAAGUGGCCGACCAACUCUUGGCCCAAGGAGCGCAAGUUCAAGGAAAUUGGGAUAUGGACGUACGAGAACCUGGGCAACGGCGCUUCAGGACUCAGCAUGGCCCUGUUCACGCGUGCACUGGGAUGGAAAUCCGAAGAGGUCGAGGUGUUCCUCGUUGAUGUGCGGAAACAGAUGAGGGACCGGUCCAUUCACGCGUAUUGGCCCAUAUACGUUGUAUACGCCCAGAAACCAGAGCAUGUGUGA